AUGGGGCUCAGGGUCCUGGAGCUGCUUCUCCUACUGGUCUGUGCCGGUGGUCACCCUGUCCCCGGGAGGAAGAGCUUUAACAAGCUGCUACUGAUCUCCUUCGACGGCUUCCGCUGGGACUAUGACCAGGACGUGGACACCCCCAAUAUGGACCGCCUGGCCCAGGAGGGCGUCAAGGCCAAGUACCUCACCCCACCCUUCGUCACCAUGACCUCGCCAUCCCACUUCACCACCAUCUCGGGUCGCUGGAUUGAAGACCACGGAGUCAUUCACAACAUGAUGUUCAACACAGAGACGGGCCUGAAGUACUCCUUCAAGACCACGCAGAACAAGACCGAGUGGUGGGACAAUGGCGUGCUCCCGCUCUGGAUCACGGCCCAGAGACAGGGGAGGAAAACAGCGUCCUUCCACUACCCAGGGGGAGGAGGCAGAUACAAGGGGGAGGUCGUCCAGAGGUCCCUCGUGGAGUCCUACCUGCACCCAAACGGCAACGAGACCGAGUGGAGGGAGAACAUCGACACCGUCAUGAGCUGGUUCACCGAGGAAGACUUUGACUUCGUGACUCUGUACUACGGGGAGCCCGACAGCACGGGACACAGAUUCGGACCCGAGACCGAGAACAGAAAGGUGAUGAUUCAGCAAAUCGACAGGACGAUCGGGUACCUGCUGGAAGCCAUGGAGAGGCACAGCCUGUCGGGGCGCCUCAAUGUCAUCAUCACAUCAGACCACGGCAUGACCACGGUGAAGAAGCAGCCCGACGUCACCGAGAUCCUCUUAACAAACUACAUCAAGUUCAGAGACUUGGUCAAGUUUGAUAUCGUGGACUACGGCGGCUUCGGGAUGCUGCUGCCCAAACCCGGGCAAGAGGAAGCCGUCUACCAGGCGCUGAAGGACGCGCACCCCCACCUCCACGUCUACAAGAAGGAGGGCUUUCCCGAGCGCUUCCACUUCGCGAAGCACGAGCGUGUCCUGCCCAUUGUGAUGUACGCCGACCCUGGCUACAACAUUAACGGGCGACUUAUCAUUUAUAUCAACAAAGGCGACCAUAGCUUUGACAACGUCCACAUGGACAUGAAGACCAUCUUCAGAGCCUUUGGGCCCGAUUUCAAGAAGAAUCACCUGGCUGAGCCUUUCGACAGCAUCCACAUCUACCCGCUGAUGUGCAAGCUCCUGGGGGUGACCCCCGAGCCUCACAACGGGUCCCUAGCGGUCACCCAGGAAAUGCUCGUGGACACGCACGCCCAGCAGCCAGGAUCAGAGACACGGAGGGCGGCUGUGCUCCAGAACACGGCGAUCGGACUCGGUGUUGUCACAGGCGUUCUUGCAGUACUGUCUGUCGCUACUGUGACGCACACGCUCAUUCGUCGGAAAAAGAAGCAGAGAACUGAUCAAAACAGCAACAGCAAGGCAGCGCCCCCGACCCAGCUCUGAACCCUGAGGCUUGGUGGCCAGACCCAGCCUUGGUUAACACGCAUCGCAUCCUGGUGCCCGGCUACCAAGGAUACUGCGGCUGAGAAGGAUUAUGCAACAUCUAGAACCCAGAAGCCAUUAGUUCUGUGUGAAAACAGCAAUAAACACAGCCCACCUCUUUAUUUAAA